AUCUCUUUUUUUUUGUUGGAUAUGUUUGACCCGCAUCGGUUUCCCUACGCUGGUUCCUUUACUUCCCGAGUAUCUAGUUUCUCGCAGCUGCACCAACGACGAGUCGCUCCAUGUCGCUACAAGUUGUACCUUCAACGCCUGCAAAGAGCAACCAGUUUGGUGGACCAGAGCCCACCGCUGCUGAACACCAAGACCCAGGGCGGAUUCAAUAUACUGCAGCAGGAUGCACGCAGCUUUCUGGAUCGGACCAAUGAGAAUGUGCGCCUGUUGUUGAAUCUGGCGAAGAUUAAGCGAACUGGCGGCAACAUUGACUCCAUGGACGCUCCCCCGCUCGUCCCCCAAACGGCUCUUCCUCUGAUGCUGCAAAGGCUGGACUUGGUGGAGCAUCAGAAUCUAUUAUUGGGUCGACGGCUGAUGAGGAUCCAGGGACGCAAACGUGCUACGACCCAGCGGAAAUGGCCCAAACGGCCAUCGCUAACGAGUACCGCCGGCUGUCCCAGUGUGAUGACCAACCGAUCGGUUCUGGCCGAGAGUGAGGUGUUCACCAAGUACAACGGCUGGGAUCUACAACUGCCUAGCGAGAACUCCGAGCUGAUGAGACUGCUCCGGCCCAGGAUUGUACUGCACUUUGGCCUGAUGGAUGGACGUCCAUUGGGUCAGGUGGUAGUGCAGCUGUACACGGAGGCUGCUCCACUGGUGGUGCUGCAGUUCGUCCGCACCUGUCUAUCUCAGAGAUCCCACGAGUUCGCCGUUCGCCGGAUCUUCCCGCAUCUCUGGCUGGAGGGCUAUCUCCUAAGUAGCUGUAAGAACCCAUCGCGCGAUAUGCCCUCCCUGAAAGAUCCCAUGGAGUUCGAUACGCGCGUGGUUAAUCAAGGUCGCUUCGGUUGCGUUCUCUCCUGCGCCAAGGAGUACUGCGUGCGGGGAUUCCCCGGAGGGGCCAUCAAUUUUAGCAUCAGCUUCAAGCCCCUGCCGGUGGCCAAGGGUCAGCGAGUAGGUUUUGGAAGGGUGAUACGUGGCGACAAGGUCAUCGAGGCUAUGGAGGCUCAUGGAACCAAAAAUGGCAAGAUCAGCCGGCCAUUGCUCAUCACCCACUGCGAAGUGCUGUAGGAAAACAUGGAGUUUUUGGGGUACUUAUUGUCUCACCCGGCAGAGAACUUCAUCUGAUAUUGGAUGAUACUCUGCGGGGUGAAACCAGAAGUCCUCCAGAGGCUCCUUGAGUUAUUAUGGCCUUUAAAAACCCAAA